GAUAGGUUAUCCUCUUACUCAUGUUAACCAGAGACUCCAGGGUUUGUCUUGAAUGGUGACGGAGAAAACACAACAAAUCAGACGUACUGUAGAAAGCACACUUUUGUUUUCCUCCCCUUUGCGUCAGUUUCGUUUUACUUCCUCUCCUCGGCUUGCCAGAGGGCAGGCGCCGCUCUGUGUGACCGCGCAUGUGUUUUGUCCCAGCGUUUAUUAGUGCCGAUCUUUCUCUGGAGCUUUCAUAAGUUUGUGUGUUUGGUCAUGAAUACACUCCCAGCGUAUUCGGGAGCCAGAAUAUCAGGCUGCUGGGCUCUCAGGGCUGAUGGAAGUGGUGGUGGUGAAGACUCUCUGGACAGGCUCCUCCCCACUGUAAACACUAGCCUGUCACCACGAAAACGAACCACCAGCCAAUGCAAAUCAGAGCCUCCUCUGCUGCGGACCAGUAAGAGGACCAUCUACACAGCCGGACGCCCACCAUGGUACAAUGAGCAUGGGACGCAGUCCAAAGAAGCGUUUGUUAUCGGGCUUUGCGGAGGCAGUGCCUCGGGGAAAACAACAGUUGCACGUAAAAUUAUUGAGGCUUUGGAUGUCCCUUGGGUGGUUCUUCUGUCAAUGGAUUCCUUCUACAAGGUUCUGACGUCUGAACAGCAGCUGCAGGCCGCUAGUAACGAUUACAACUUUGACCAUCCAGACGCCUUUGAUUUCGUCCUGCUGGUUCACACGCUCCGCAAACUCAAGCAGGGCAAGAGCGUCAAGAUCCCGGUGUACGACUUCACCACACACGGACGCCAGAAAGAAUGGAAAACUGUGUAUGGGGCGAGUGUCAUCAUCUUCGAGGGCAUCAUGUCAUUUGCGGAUAAAGAGCUGCUGAAGCUGCUGGACAUGAAGAUCUUUGUGGACACCGAUUCUGACAUCCGGCUGGUACGGAGGCUUAGGAGGGACAUCACGGAGCGUGGACGGGACAUCGAGGGAGUCAUCAAACAGUAUAACAAAUUUGUCAAGCCAGCUUUCGAACAGUACAUUGAGCCCACCAUGAGACUGGCAGAUAUCGUGGUGCCACGGGGUGGCGGAAACAUGGUGGCCAUUGACCUGAUUGUGCAGCAUGUACACAGUCAGCUGGAGGAGAGAAAGCUCCGCUGGGAUAUGGCGGCACUGGCAUCUGCCCAUCAGGCGCAGCCGCUACCACAGACUCUGAGUGUUCUGGAGAGCACACCGCAAGUCCGCGGCAUGCACACCAUCAUCAGAAAUAAAGACACCAAUCGGGAUGAAUUCAUCUUCUACUCCAAGAGGUUAAUGCGGCUCCUCAUCGAGAGAGCGCUGUCCUUCCUUCCAUCUCAGGUCCACAUUGUUCAGACCCCACAAGGAGAGGAUUAUGAGGGCAGAAUCUUUCAUGGAAAGAGGAUUACGGGCGUGUCGAUUCUAAGGGCGGGAGAAACCAUGGAGCCCGCGCUUAGAGCCGUGUGCAAAGAUGUCCGCAUCGGCAAAAUCCUCAUCCAGACCAAUCAGGACACAGGAGAGCCUGAGUUGCACUACUUGCGUCUACCCAAAGACAUCAGCGAGGAUCAUGUGAUUCUAAUGGACUGCACUGUGUCCACUGGAGCGGCAGCCAUGAUGGCCAUCAGAGUUUUACUAGAUCAUGAUGUUCAGGAGGAGAAGAUCCUGCUGGUGUCUCUGCUGAUGGCUGAGAUGGGUGUUCAUUCAGUUGCCUACGCUUUCCCUCAGGUCAAAAUCAUCACCACCGCCGUCGACAAGAAGGUCAAUGACCUCUUCCACAUCAUCCCCGGCAUAGGAAAUUUUGGAGACCGUUACUUUGGCACGGACGCUCCUCCAGACUGGAGCGAUGAUGACAUGGACGAGCCGAGCUGCUGAGAAACUCACAUUUGUACAUGUUACCCAAAAACAAUAUUUUUAUACAUUUUUGCACUCCCCAAAUGGAAAAAAAGUGUUUUUAUUUGUGACCUUUUUAUUUAUGAACGCUUAUUUAAUGCUAUGUUUAAAGUGUACAACUGAAGCACAUGCAGUUGCAUUAUUGCCUUACGUGUUUUUGCUACUGUUGUAGUAUUUUAGCCAUAUGAACACAACAUGCUUGUUGCUUUCAUUCUUUUUUUCUACUCUGUUUCAUGCAGCAGACCUUUUCAGAUAGUAAAAUGAGCCUCAAAGUGCUGCUGUGCUACACUUAGACCGUGAAAAUUCUUUGAAGGACCACUUCGUCGGAAAAAACACGUGGGCGUCGCUUUUGUUUUAAUCUUUUGCUUUCUCACUUUACCUGCAGACGAAUGCUGACCAAACCACAAACUGCUCACAAAUACACUUUCACAACACAGUACCACCACUCUAUACAAUGACUGCGCUAUAAAACCCUAAAAUAUUGAGCUUUUCUUUAGACUGUUGAUCAAUAAAUCAAACAUAUAAGCUUGAGUCAAAAGCUUUCUGUCAAACAGAAAUGAUCACAACUCUAUUUAAAAGAAAAGCACAUUCUGUGAUCAGAUUGACCUAUUUGCUUUUGUUGAAGCCACAAAGAGUCAUCUUUUUUAUCUGGCCAUUGAGUUUAUAGCUGGCUUUACCAUAUAUGGCUCUCUCAGCUCAAUGUUCACUGUUCAGACAGGACGUUACUAGAUCAAAACUAGCCCACAGGAAGUGCUGGUGUUUGGCCUGAAGUUCAGCCCCACGAAGCGUCUUAGUGUAUUGUCAGUCUCGGUUUUAUUAUUUCUACCCCACUGAGCACUUUGACUAAUUAAUUCAUCACCGUGAAACCUGAUGUGUUUGUUGUUUGUUUGAAUGACGCUGAUUUGAAAUGUGUGUAUAUUUGAAAACUAUGAAAAUGGCAUGUUUUUAUUAAUGAUUGGCAAAAAAAGACUAAGUCAAGACCUAUUGAAUGUAUCCACUGUGAUGUUUUGUUGCACAACAGGAAUAAAAAUCAUACAUUUAUGGAUAUUUAUUUGAUCAUAAUGAGCGCAUUUACAUGAUAAAGUCGAAUAACCACUAGAUUUUUUUCCUCCCGUGUUAAUUUCACCCAGUAUAGUACAGUAUAGUAUUUUUGAACCAUAUUCUAGUAAAGUGUGUGUGUAUAUAUAAACACACACAGUUGAAGUCAGAAUUAUUAGCCCCCCUUUAAAUUUUAUUUUCUUUUUUUAAUAUUUCCCAAAUUAUGUUUAACAGAGCAAGAAAAUUUUCACAGUAUGUCUUAAGUCUUAUUUGCUUUAUUUCGGCUAGAAUAAAAGCAGUUUUUAAUUUUUUAAGUCAUUUUAAGGUCAAAAUUAUUAGCCCCUUUAAGCAAUUUUUUUUUUUUUGAUAAUCUACAGAACAAACCAUCGUUAUACAAUAACUUGCCUAAUUACGCUAACCUGCCUAGUUAACCUAAUUAACCUAGUUAAGCCCCCUUAUAUUAUUAACCACCUUGUGCAAUAUAUUGUUUUCAAUAGUCUACACAUAAACUAUUGUUAUACCAUAACUUAUUAAUAACUAAUUAACCUAGUUAAGCCUUUAAAUGUCACUUUAAGCUGUUUAGAAGUGUCUUGAAAAAUAUCUAGUCAAAUAUUAUUUACUGUCAUCAUAGCAAAGAUAAAAUAAAUCAGUUAUUAGAAAUGAGUUAUUAAAACUAUUAUGUUUAGAAAUGUGUUGAAAAAAAAAAUCUGCUCUCCGUUAAACAGAAAUUGGGGGAAAAAAACGGGUCUAAUAAUUCAGGGGGGCUAAUAAUUCUGACUUCAACUGUAUAUUAUAGUAUUUACAUUUUUGUUAAUGAAUGCUACAGCAUCGUGAACUGCAGUUUUACUAGACAUAUACUUUAGUUUUUAUCACAGUAAAUUGUGAUGUAUUGCUGUAAAAUACACUUAGUUAGAAAGUUAACUACAGUAUUUGGGUAAUUUUUACCAUAUCAACUAAAUUCCACAACAGAUUAAUUCAAGCACCACUAUAGAACUGUUCAAAAGCACUCUAUUUACUGGGUGUAAAACACCUUGACUUUCUUUCUGUUGGUUUAUAGAUGUUCAUAAGUGUGAAAUGUGACAGGAACACAUCUUUAUUGCGGACGGAGCAGUGAGGAAGAACAAUCUACUGCAAUUAUUUUAAAAAUAUGCUGUAAAAGUGGUACAAUCAAAAUCAAAACGUAAAUGGUACUAUAAAAAAAAACUAUUCAGUUUAUAUGGUUUUAGUGAUGUAUUUAUUACAAAUUACAACCGACUUAACAAUUAGAUUACUGAAGAAAUGCUAAUUAUUACUUUUCAAUGUCAUAACCGGGAAGUACGCGUCUGUUUUUUUUUAUAAAUAGUCUUGUAUGGUAAGGUUAUUUGUUUUUACAUGUCAUCGGGUUAUUUUGUUUAUGUUAACGAAGUUGUCAGUGUGCAUGUAAACAUGCUCCCUCUGUCAUUGCAGACGCUCUAAAAUACUUGAUUCUGAUUGGUCAGCCUGAGCUUUUUUUGUUGUGACUGCUAAACUGUAUAACUGGUCAAUAUCCUGCCUAACAUUUUCUCGUUUACAGCCUGUUUUAUCUUGCAUAAUUAAAUCAUUUUAACAAGUCA